AUGUCGAACAACAUCCUCAUCACCGGCGGCGCAGGCUUCCUGGGCCCCAUGCUCGCCGCCAAGUUGCUACAAGAUCCCUCCAACAACAUCGUCCUCACCGAUCUUCACACACCCCAGCGGCCAGCCGGAAUUUCAUCUUCGACAUCCAACAUGGAGCUCACAGCCGCAGACCUCACCUCACAAGCCGACAUCACCAAGCUCCUUUCCUUGCGCCCACAAUGGUCCGCCAUCUUCCUUUUCCACGGCAUAAUGUCCGUCGGCUGCGAGGAGAACCCCGCGCUUUCCACAAAAGUCAACCUAGACGCCACGCUCUCUGUUCUCACGUCCAUCUCAAAACUCAAACAACCCUCCAAACCCCGCAUUGUCUACGCUUCCACACAGGCUGUGUACGGCCCUCCUUAUACGGCGUCGGGCCCCAUUACAGAUGAUACGCCCGCGACACCAAUCGGCGUCUACGGCACACACAAGGCCAUCAUGGAAUACCACAUCAACGAUCUCAACCGCCGCGGUCUAAUCGAUGCCUUCGCCGUACGUCUACCCACCGUAGUCGUGCGUCCAGGAGCGCCUUCACGAUCAGCAGCAGCGUUCCUAAGCGGUAUGAUCCGCGAGCCCAUGGCCGGACUCGAAUGCAUAGUACCUAUUAGCGACCGUUCGGCCCGCCAGAUGAUAUGUUCGCCCCGCGUCAUGAUUGAGAACUUCGUGCGUGUAAUGAAGGCUCCCGCGGAUGCUAUGCCGCCGCACCUGCGCGCGGUGUACAUGCCGGGAAUCAGUGUUACGCUGGGAGACAUGUACGCGGCGUUUGAGGCGGUGUGUGGGAAGGAUAAGCUGGGGCUGUUGAGGGAGGAGGUGGAUGAAGAGGCGAAGAGGUUGCUGGAUAGUUGGCCGCAGACUGCCGAGUAUGGAAAUGCUACGAGGAUGGGGCUGUUAUUUGAUGAGAGUUGCGAGCAGAUUUAUAGAGAGUAUGCUGAUAGCUUGAAGGCACAGUAG